AUGUCGAAGAAGUUCGACCCUCGAAUUCUAUUGGAUGUGGCGCUUUUUAUUGGUACGAGUACGUCGAUAUACUACAUUUUGUCAUAUCUGAUAGGCAAUGUUGGCCAGCAGGGACCCAGUGCUAGCAAAACCACCCAGAAAAAGGCGCUGGAAAGCAAACGCCGCCUUCGACUAACCAACCCAGAUGCGCUAUCGAACCUUGACGAAUACGAGUCUAUUUUGCUGGCAAACGUAGUGAGCCCUGACGAGAUUGCCACGGGAUUUUCUGCUGUCGGUGGUCUUGACGAUAUUAUCGAGGAGCUAAGAGAAGCAGUGCUGUAUCCCCUGAUGGAACCCGAGGUAUUCAGUGCCUAUAGUUCGCUAUUGUCCGCCCCCAAAGGUGUCCUUUUAUACGGCCCCCCCGGUUGUGGUAAGACCAUGCUGGCCAAGGCACUUGCUAAAGAGAGCGGGGCUAAUUUCCUGAACAUCAAGAUGUCUGCUAUUCUAGACAAGUGGCUGGGCGAGUCUAAUAAGCUUGUUGCAGCGAUUUUUUCCCUCGCUCAAAAGCUCGAGCCUUGCAUUGUAUUUAUUGAUGAAAUUGACUCCUUUUUGCGCGAGCGAGCCUCUUCUGAUCACGAGAUCACAGCUAUGCUCAAGGCAGAGUUUAUGACUCUGUGGGAUGGUUUAACCACCGGCGGUCGAGUCAUGGUUCUCGGCGCUACCAACCGGCCGAAUGAUAUCGACAAGGCCAUUCUCCGCAGAAUGCCCAAAAAGUUCGCCGUCCCACUGCCUAAAACACCUGAACGGCUGAAGAUUUUCCGCCUGGUUCUCAAAGACGUUUCUUUAGAGCCCAGCUUUGAUUGGGACUUUUUAGGUGACCAGUCCAUCGGCAUGUCUGGGUCUGACAUCAACGAGGUCUGCAGAGACGCCGUGAUGAAGGCGGCCCGCGAAACCAUUCGUAUGAACUUCAAAGGCGGCCAGCGUGUAGCCGAUCAUAAAAUGCGUAAUUUGCGUACCGACGACUUUUUCAAUGCUACCGCUGCCGCCCCCAAACUGCCCUUUAAUAUAGUGCCAGAGUUAGACUAA